AUGCUAAAUAUCCUCACCAUCGCCAUGGCAUCUGCCGCCGCCGCUGCCACAGUCCCCGUCACAGUCCCCAACAUGACCAUUACACCCGGUCUGACUCCCUCUCCGACCUCGACCUCGACCCUGACCCCGACUCCGACGAUAUACACCUGUCACAUGCAGUACUGCGAUGGCUCGACGUCGUGGUGCGUGUACUGGGGCGGUCUGACCUCGUUCGAUAGCAAUCACGGGCCUCUGCCGGGGGAGACGCGCGCCCAGCUGGGGGCCUGCACUCCUGCCGUCGUCACCGUUGCCAUGGAGGGGGGGGGAGGGGGAGGGGGAGAGGAGGCCACACCUGAUGUCAUGCCUUGGUAG